AUGUCUACGUUUGGCUACCGAAGGGGACUUAGUAAAUAUGAAUCUAUCGAUGAGGAUGAACUCCUGGCCUCCCUCUCGGCUGAGGAGCUGAAGGAGCUUGAGAGGGAGCUGGAAGACAUUGAACCCGACCGAACCCUUCCAGUGGGGCUAAGGCAAAAGAGUCUGACAGAGAAAACCCCCACAGGGAACUUCAGCAGGGAGGCGCUGAUGGCAUACUGGGAAAAGGAGUCCCAAAAACUUUUGGAGAAGGAACGGCUGGGGGAAUAUGGAAAGUUUGCAGAAGAAGACAAGGAAGAGAGUGAGGAAGAACUAAUCUUCACUGAGAGCAACAGUGAAGUCUCUGAGGAGGUGUGUACAGAAGAGGAGGAAGAGGAGGGACAAGAGGAGUCUCAAGAGGAAGAAGAGGAGGACAGUGAGGAAGAGGAAACUACUGCUGAAGCCAUAAAGCAUAUGAAUGGCACUGUAAGCCACAAUAGUGUUAAUUCUGACAACUCGAAGCCAAAGACAUUUAAAAGUCAAAUAGAAAAUAUAAAUUUAACCAAUGGCAACAGUGGAGGGACACAGAGGAACACAGAGUCACCAGCCGCCAUUCACCCUUGUGGAAAUCCCACUGUUAUUGAGGAUGCUCUGGAAAAGAUUAAAAGCAAUGACCCUGAUACCACAGAGGUUAAUCUGAACAAUAUCGAGAACAUCACCACGCAGACCCUCUCUCGGUUUGCAGAGGCUCUCAAGGAGAACACAGUGGUGAAGACAUUCAGUCUGGCCAACACACACGCUGACGAUGCUGCGGCCACUGCCAUUGCAGAAAUGCUCAAGGUCAACGGGCACAUCACCAGCGUGAACGUGGAGUCCAACUUCAUCACCGGCAAGGGGAUCCUGGCCAUCAUGCGAGCCCUGAAGCACAACACGGUGCUCACGGAGCUGCGCUUCCACAACCAGAGGCACAUCAUGGGUUCCCAAGUGGAGAUGGAGAUCGUCAAGCUGCUCAAGGAGAACACCACGCUGCUGCGGCUGGGCUACCAUUUUGAGCUCCCAGGACCAAGAAUGAGUAUGACAAGUAUUUUAACAAGGAAUAUGGAUAAACAGAGGCAAAAACGCAUGCAGGAGCAAAAACAGCAAGAGGGGUCUGAGGCAGGUGCUACGCUAAGGACCAAAGUCUGGCAAAGAGGGACGCCUGGCUCUUCUCCGUACCCAUCGCCGAGACAGUCUCCCUGGUCAUCUCCCAAGGUCUCCAAGAAAGUCCACACCGGGAGGAGCAGACCCCCAUCUCCUGUGGCCCCGCCCCCGCCCCCGCCCCCUCCUCCCCUUCCUCCUCACCUGCUCCCUCCUCCUCCUCCUCCCCCUGCUCCUCCUCUCCCAGAGAAAAAGCUCAUCACCAGAAACAUUGCAGAAGUCAUUAAACAGCAGGAAAGCGCCCAGCGGGCUCUACAAAAUGGACAGCGAAAGAAGAAAGGGAAAAAGGUGAAGAAACAGCCAAACAACAUCCUCAAGGAAAUAAAGAAUUCUCUGAGGUCAGUGCAAGAGAAGAAAAUGGAAGACAGCUCCCGGCCCUCUACCCCACAGAGAUCGGCUCACGAGAACCUCAUGGAAGCCAUCCGCGGGAGCAGCAUAAGACAGCUCCGGAGGGUGGAAGUUCCCGAUGCUCUGAGAUAGAACAACCCUAGAAGAGGACCCGGAACUGGUCGGUGGUGUGGCCCCAGGUGCUUUGGGAGCUGUUGCCAAACUGCCUUCUUUAAUUUGAAAUACUUCCCAACUUUAAAGAUAGGGUCACUGUGGAAUUCCAAAGGGAAUUUUAAGAAGCAAUCAGCAUGUUUCUUCUGUAAAUAUGGAAAUAAACUUUUUUUUUUUUUUUAUGUCAUGAGAGUCAUAUGAGCAGAAGCUUCGGAAGAUCUCUUCUCAUCUCUGGCUCUCGAUUACUGAGCUCAAAUCACUUAAAGAAAUGUAUUUUUGUAAUCCCAAUAACCUUAGAUUAAAGUUCUUUUCUUUCUUUCUUUUUUUUUUUUAAAGAAACUAAUAUUUUUCUGUGAGUUAGUACAUCGGCUGGGUAUGUGUAAUAUUGCUAAAUAUUAAAAUCA